AUGCUGGGAGCCACCACGGCAGCGCUCGACCCCCUCCUCAUGCAGGUGUCCCAUGACUUCGCCAUCAACUUCAACCCCGACAACGACGAGUGUGAGGGCAUCCAGGGCGUUGUGGAGUCCUACCAGAGCUGCCUGCCCAAGAUCCAGCUCUACGGCCCCACCAACGUGGCCCCCAUCAUCUCCAAGGUGGCUCGCGUGGCGGCCAACGAGGAGCGAACCAGGGAGGCCUCCCAAUACUUCAUCCUGCUCAUCCUCACGGACGGCGUGGUGACGGACAUGGCGGACACGCGCGAGGCCAUCGUCCGCGCCUCCUACCUGCCCAUGUCCAUCAUCAUCGUGGGCGUGGGCAACGCCGACUUCACCGACAUGCAGAUCCUCGACGGCGACGACGGCGUCCUCCGCUCGCCCAAGGGCGAACCGGUGCUCCGCGACAUCGUGCAGUUCGUCCCUUUCCGCGAGUUCAAGAAC